CGUCACAGCUGGCGGUAAAUGAAAUUCACAUGACAAGCCGCUACAGCCGAUCGGCUCGAGAAACCGGUUUUUUGAAAGAGUUUGUAAGAGGAAACAGAACUUCCUGUUUUGACUGUGAAGAUCAUCUACUCUUCUGAAAUUAACUGCUUUUCUUUGCGGAAACCCGACGCGGCUCGUACAGUCUUAAUCAAAGAUGCAUUCGUUUUGUGCCGUUCUGCUUCUGGCUUUCUUGGUCUGCAGUCAUUCCGUUCCUGAUGUGAACCGUUUGUGGGAGGAGUGGAAACAUAAACAUGACAAAAGUUACAGAAAUCAGACUGAGUUGAGCUUCAGAAGAGCCGUUUGGGAGAAGAACCUGAAUUUGGUGAUGAUACACAACCAGAACGUUUCAAUGGGAAAUCACAGCUUUACUCUAGGACUCAACCACCUGUCGGACAUGACAGCUGAGGAAAUAAAUGAGAAUCUCAACGGCUUUAAGAUGGAGGAACAUGCCGACUACAGUAAUCACACUUUAAAGUUACCAAGCGGCGCGUCAACACCAGCCAGCGUGGACUGGAGGAAGAGCGGCCUGGUCGGUCCCGUCAGGAACCAGGGUCUGUGCGGCUCCUGCUGGGCCUUCAGCUCUCUGGGGGCUCUGGAGGGCCAGCUGAGGAAAAAAACAGGAGUCCUGGUUCCACUGAGUCCACAGAACCUGGUGGACUGCAGCACCGCGGACGGAAACAUGGGCUGUCGGGGGGGCUACAUCACCAAAUCCUACAGCUACAUCAUCCGGAACAACGGCGUCGACUCGGAGGAGUUUUACCCGUACGAACAUCAGAAUGGGAAAUGUCGCUAUUCCGUGACGGGAAAGGCUGGUUAUUGCUCCAGCUUCCACGUCCUUCCCCGGGGAGAUGAGGCGGCUCUGCAGGCUGCAGUGGCUGCGGUGGGGCCGGUCGCCGUAGCCGUGAACGCCAUGCUGUCAUCCUUCCAUAGCUACAAAGGAGGUUUAUACAAUGACCUGAACUGCAACCCGGUGCUGGUGAACCAUGCUGUCCUGGUCGUGGGGUACGGCAGUGAAGCAGGACAGGACUACUGGCUUGUGAAAAACAGCUGGGGGCCUGGAUGGGGAGAAGGAGGCUUUAUCCGGAUGGCCAGGAACAAGAACAAUCUCUGUGGAAUUGCAACAUUUGCAGUCUACCCUUCACUGUAACACUACAGGAAGAAUUCAGUCGAUUUCAAAGACCCAUUCUGAUCAUCUUUGGGACCAUUUGAGUGGACUUUUAAUCCUAAUUAUGCCAUUUUUAGUGUAACAAAAUUGAGCCUUUUCCUACUGGAUUUUUUUAUUCUGUUCCUGAUUCACAAGAAUUUGAAUAAAGAAAUACUCAGAAAUGUAAUUUAAAGCUGAAUUUUCUUUACAUAUG